GUUCGGUCGUCGCAGGAUGAGGACGAAGUUUUAAACGGAAUCGGAAACUUAAUUACAAUUUGGGCCUAAACAAACUGUUCCGCAUAUGUCACUCAGAACCAUGAAGGCUGAUGCCGCCGGGAUCGGAGUGGUGGGCGCGGGCGGAACUGUUGCACUAUCCGAUUCCCGGGAGUGGGCACCCCCGCCGCCGGGCAACCGAUGUGCCACGGUGACUAUGCUCCUGGCCCAGCGGAUUGCACGCAACGCUUGCUGGUCAGUCGACGAGGAGCCCUCGUACGGUGCGAACAAGAUGAACGUCUGGCAAACGCUGGAGUACCUUUCGGGGCUGAGUCUGCGAAAGAAGUACAACUACGAGGGCUUCUCGGACACCCAGAAUGUGAUCAGAACCCUCACGCCUUCCUGGCGGCGGGAUAGUUUCGCCGAGAAGGCCAAGGCCGAGGAGCUGGCCGGCGGAGCUGCCGCCUCGGCGGCCAAGUACACGGAUGAACGCUCCUCGAGUGCUCCCAUCAUUGCCAUCCAGGAUCCGGGCAUAAGCACCAGCUUCCAGAGCAGCGAUAACGUCGCCUUGGCCGUCCGUUCCAGGGCGAAAAGUCCAUCUGGUCUGCGCAGGAAACACCGCAGCCGGAACCGGAAGCGCAAUGCUCCGCAUCUGGAUCCCGAGUACGCUCUCUCGCCGGAGGAUCUGCAGGACCUGGUCAAGUGCAAUUUCAAUCUGCCGCGCAUUAGCGCCCGCCUGGAGCGUCUGAUGGGCACCAAUGUGGUCAAGCUGACGGACCGCAGCUACAUGAAGGAGCUCCGGCAGCGGAUCGACGAGGAUUACCGCAAACAGCUGCUGUCCCGCAUUCGCGCCCGGGAGUUAAAAGAGGUGGAGCGCGAACGCAUGCUGAUUAUCGAGGGCAAGUCGGACGUAAUACCAGACGAACUGGCCGACGAUCCCAUAUUCAUGGUCAACAAAGAUGCCAACAUGGAGAUCCAAAAGGAGCGCUCCAAGCUGAAGACCGCUCGGGAGAAGAAUGCGGAGCGCUUGAAGCUCCAGGGCGUGAAAUGGGAGCGGGAACGGCUGCAACACGCCGCCAAGGAAGCCGAGCUCUUGGCCAAGAAACGCGAGCGGCAGCGCCAGCAGAAAUUGUUGGUGGAGCAGUACAGGGCGGAGGAUGCGGAAAGGGGAAUGGAUCUGCUGCGCAUCGAAAACGAAGACUGGCGGGAGUGCGAAAAGAGCCUGAAGGAGUUCCUCGAACAGGAGCGUGCCAAAAUGAAGGAGCGCUCGCUGCGCAUAUCCCAGCCCUACUCAUCGGAUCCCCAGGACAUACAGAACAUAGUGAGGGCCAGGCAAAAGUUCCGGGAGACCGAGCUGCGUAUUCGCAACCAGCUGGAGGACAAGCUGAAGGAUGUGAAGCUGGCGGUCACCACUCAACAACUAACCGAACUUAUCGAGGAUGCCCAUCGAUCCAGUGGGGAGGUGAUCGCGCAGGAACUUUCGGUAGAGGACGAUGACUUCCAGGGCGGCGAGGUGCACUCCAAGUACCUGGACGACGUCACCGACGUCUCCGAGGAGACGGUCAUCAGCGAGGAUGCCAUCAGCCUGACCCUGGCCAAGCAGCAGUACGCCGAGGAGCUGGAGGCCGAGAUGGAGGACGAGUUCAAUCGGGGCUUGCUCAUCUCAAAGCAGCAGUACGACCAGCUGCGCUUCGAGGAUGAGAAGAUCGUGGCGCUCAGAAAUGCCAAGGACAUCCGCGAGCUGUAUCAACUGGCCGAGGAGAUCAUCAUGGGCCAGAUCUUCGUGGAGACAGCGGAGGAGGGCGAGGAGGCGGUGGCGGAGGAGCAGGACCUUGAGAUCAGCUCGGACCACGAGGCCCAGGAGCCAGCCAAGGCCUGAGCAGCAAUAGAGUGAAUCCAUUUUCAUGUUCGGUGGGCAGCGGCUGGCCGUUUAUCCUGCACACCAGUUUUCGCGAGUUCUCAAUAUUUGGCAAAAUAUUUGGUUUCCCCCCAUGGGAGUCCAGAUAUUUCACCAAAUUGUGCAUGCAUCAGUUUGGCUGGGAUACCACUGUUUGUUAAACGUCCGCGGAGGAAGCGGAUUCGAAAAACGUCAGCCAAACUGCCACUGUCACUCAAUCUCGGCGUUUAGGUUGAUAACUUGAUAACUGUCUAUGGGGUUUAAUUAAAGCUGUAACGAGGUGAUAGUGCCCGCAUGACAACAACAAUAAAGCGGCCGAAAAAUCCAAAAGCAA